GCCGACUCGAGUGAUUGCAGCGUGCGCCUAGAUUCGCCCUAGCCGCCGUCGCAUUGUCCCCUCUCCCCGCUUUACGUUUGAGAGAGGAGAAUAAGGUUAGAAAUUUGGCGAUUGAAUUGGUCGAAUGGAGGAAGUGAGACAAACUUCAGCCUGGGUCGCGAGCCACGCUAAGCACGUCAAGGUCGACUCUUUAGAGAUCGAGAAUGUAGCUGAUCGCAUUCAAGGUUCAGUACCAAAAGUUGAAUGGGAUUUUGAAGGAAUCCACUACUUUGAUGGUGGGCCAUUAACUGUUCAAUACCUGCUUGUUCUAGAUGCUAUCAACUUCUGUUUUUGGCCAGAUGAAGAGUUAAGCUAUGAUCAUCUGGCAUCAGGCUUGAAGGCCGCACUUCAGCAGGAUAAUUCUGUUCUUGAUGCUGAUCGCUUACAAACUUACGAUGGCCCUCAACUUCGUGAACUGUUAAAUUGGCCCCGCCCACUGCCAUUGGAGGAGGAGCGAAUUCGAUUGUUGCAUGAGGUAGGAACUGAACUUGAGAGAAGCUACGAAGGGCAGGCAGCUAAUCUUGUAAAGGCAGCUGGAAAUUCUGCUGCACGUUUAGUUACACUUGUGACGCGUCAUUUUCCUGGUUUCCGAGAUCAUUCUCUAUACAAGGGUCGCCAAGUUUUUCUAUACAAGAGAGCGCAGAUCUUUGUCGCUGAUGUGUGGGGUGCCUUCAAGGGUCAAGGACAUGGAAAAUUCUACGACAUUGGGUCAAUCACAAUAUUCGCGGACUAUAUUGUUCCUGCUGUGCUGGAGCAACUUGGUGUGCUGAAAUACAGCUCAACUUUGUCUAACUCAAUCGACUCAAAGAUCGAAAUAUCUUCUGGCAGUGAGGAGGAGAUUGAGAUUCGCGCUUGCACUAUUUAUGCCGUGGAAAAAAUGAGAGAUCUCAUAGAGUCAAAGUUUGCGAAGAAGGUGCUCAGUGUUGAAAUGGAUCUUUGGCUUUGGUCCAAGGGGGUUCAAGACUCUGAUUUGGCGCAUCAUCGGACGUUAUCGAUAUACUAUUAAGCAUUAACUGAUAUAUUCACUUUCAUAGCUACAUUCUUUAUUUCUAUCUUUUCCUUUCGCUCAUAUUCUUGAUAGAAUAACGCAAAAUUGAAAUUAAAAUCAAAUCAAAAUUUUGACUCCCUUGAGACAUUUUUGCCAGUGGUUUUUCUAGAUCGUUGGGGUUUAACUGAACAAUGAAA